UGAUUUUUAGCUCCAUGCUAAAUUUGUGCUUGUGCCGGAUUCAAACCCACAAGCUUUAGUGAUUGUAUUAUAAGCUGAACUACUGAACACACCAGUUUUGCUAGGAAUACGUGCAGUUAUCGAUUGAAUCGUUUGAACGUAGUUUAAAAUGGAUUUAAACGUUCUGCCAACAGAAUUGCUGGAGCACAUUCUGUCCCACUCAACGUUUCCCGAUCUGCUAAGCAAUAGCCUUGUUUGUGUUCGCUGGAAUCGAGUUGCCGCAGUAUUAAUCGGUCGGCGAGGACGACUGAACGUUAACCGAGAGAUGUUGGAUUACCCAGAUGUAGUUGAAAACAGCAAUCGCCAAUAUAAAGCCAUAUCUUUCAAGGGACCGUGCGAAAAGAAAGCGAUGCGGAAAAUAUUGCUUAUCUGUGCCGACAAGUUUACUCCUCGGAAGAUUGAACUGCUCGAGAUUCUGCCUGACGGUAUGAAUCGAUUUUACGUGUAUUCCCAGUACCGUUUAAUAAUGCCAAACUUGAAACGUCUAAAUUGGAAUGAAUUUAUGUUCGAUUCUGUCGAAAGCACGACGAAAGCUGUAACCAUUGUAGCGCCCAAAUUAGAAGUGAUUUACCUAUUUUCUUCCCAUGAUGCUACCUCUGAGUUGGAAAUUUUGACUUGUGAUAACAUUAAACGAAUCGUAUGUACUCUUUACUCGCACUACUUUGAUGAUGUAUUUUCUGGACGCUUGUUCCAGUUGGAGAUAUUGUGUCUAUAUGGCGGCAGUGGAGGCUACGACUUUACCUUUAUUGAACGAAUUCCAAAGCUUCGCUGGUUUGAGGCACAUCUGAGGCCGGAACCGGAUUAUUUGCUUCCAAACUUGUCUUCUUUAUAUAAAUGCAAAAAUCUAGAAAGUCUAAUGAUAUCGUUCUCUAAUCUGCCACAUGGUACGUUAGACCUGUCCGUUUUGUGCCAUCAUCUCGUUAAUCUGAAACAGAUCCAUUUAAGCCAAGUACUAUUACGAAACUCUGGCGCAGUUCGAGCAGAACGAUUAGUAUUUCUCAGAAUAGAACAUGCAAAAUUCGAAGAUGAUAACGAUUCUCUGUUGCUGAUCGCACCAAAGUUGGAAACACUAUCCUUAACAAUGAGUGUAAUGGCGAAAACUCGCAUCGAUACUAAAAGCUGUGUGAAAAAAUUGUAUAUUAAUAUGGAAAAUUUCACCCUGAAGGACGCGUUGGACUUAUAUUUGCAGCCAUUUAUACAGUCAAAUGAAACUGUAAGAGAGCUGACGCUGUGGGUUUGGCAUGGAAACUCCAGAGAAGGCAUACCUGACGAAAAGGAGCUAGAAACGACUUUGUUACACAUCGAACGACUGGAAAUUUGCCACCUGCAUAUCGGUCUUAACUUCUUCCGCAGCAUUGCCAGAUGCCAAUCCUUGAAGCAUCUUUCGUUGGUACUAUGCAGUAUUCAUUGCAAUGAGGACGAUGCAGAUAUUCACCUGGCUGGUUUGGACUCGAUGAACGUAGACAUGGUUAAAGUCGAAGGAUCAUAUCGGUACCGAUUCCCGCUUAUUGCGGGCAGCGAGGAACAGUUACGUGGACGAUCAUGUAUAUUCAGUACGCAUGAUUAUCAAUUCAGGAUUCCUGUUUCGUUUAGAUUCGAUAGGCCUAAACAGUUUGUUACAUUUGAUUCCUUUGACCCUUAG